AUGAAAACUUAAAACAUUUUUUAAUUAUAAUUUAAAACAUUUGCCGUGAACCGUGUGAUCAAAACAAAGGAUCAUAUAUAAGGUGAGGAAAGAAGACCGGUUAUCACAGAACGGUGGAUAGGAACAAUGGCUAUAAACAAAUGUGUCUUCCUUGUUGCUCUAUUUUGCGGCGGUAUCUGCAAUCCUCUGGGACAAUCUUCGGUAUGCGACUCACAGAAUCUAAUGCCAGGAUUUAUACAAGGACUGCCAAAUGUAGCGACCACCGUCUGUGAUUCCACUCCUAAUUUACUUGGACUAGGUUAUGGAUUGGGGCUAAAUCUUCCAGUACCAUUCCAGAACAUUGGCACUGUUCCGAUAAAUUCAGGAUGUGGUUGUAACACACCAUGUGACAGUUCAAAUCAAGGAUUGGGAGUAGGUGGCCUAGGACUAGGCGGCAUAGGUGGUUUAGCCGGUUUGAAUGGUUUAGGUGGGUUGGGUGGUUUAGCCGGUUUGAAUGGUUUAGGUGGGUUGGGUGGUUUAGCCGGUUUGAAUGGUUUAGGUGGGUUGGGUGGUUUAGCUAGUUUGGGAGGGUUGGGUGGCGUGCCACCACUUCUACCUGCUCCAACUACUCUAAUUGAUAGCACACCAAAUAUAGGCCUAGGUCUAGGCUAUGGGUUGCCCUAUAUACCUAACGUACCUGGCCCAACGACGCUUUGCGAUUCUGGCCCAAAUGUAGGUGUAGGAUAUCCGCUGAGCAUUCCAAGGUUGGGUCUCGGUAUACCCGGUCUCGGACUCGGUCUACCAUAUGGAAGGUUGCCUCUUAAUCAAUUGCUUCUGAAUGGAUUACCUCUCGGAGCUCUGGCCUCAGUUGGAGUUAUGUGAUAAUCCGAUUUCUGUGUAUAAUAUCAAUUGCAAAACAAAAAAAACUUCAAACGCACCUUUUAUUGUAAAGUUAUAUACCAUAGUAUCUCAAUGUUUUUUAAUCUCAAUUUUUCAAUUAAUUCUUACUUAAUUCUAUUUAUCUCUAUUUAAAAAACUAAAUUUAUUUUCUGAAGCAUCAAUCUGUAUUCAAAUUAAAUCAAAUGACGAUUUGCGUUUCGAGACAAAAAAAAAAU